CUGGGCGGCGCAGAACUCGGCUGGCCUCCCGGGGGAUGGGCCACCAGGAAUCUCCACUGACCCGAGCGGCAGCAGGAGGUGCAGCUUAUAUAAAGAGGUUAUGUAAAGGGCUCAGCUGGCGCGAACACGUGGAGAGGCACGAGAACCUGGAAGCCUGGGCCUCCCCCGCGAGCGCCCCUGCCACCACCGGCGCAUCAGUGAGAUCUGUCGUACGCCUCACUCGGGCCACCGCCUCCCGCGAAACUAGGUCCCGGAGGCAGCUCCGGCCCGGAACGGACCAUCCCCAGGCAAGGGCUCCAGGGGGAAAGCGGGCCGCCCGGAAGUGGAACGGUGCCGGCCAGGUCACAAUCCAAGGUCCCGCUCCUCCGCGUCCCGGGGCCGGACGGAGGGAUGAGGCAGGGGGGUCCCGGGCAGCACCGUUGCUGCUCCCCCCGCCGCCUGCAGCCAUGGAAACGGGGGAGGAGGACGGCGCCCGCAGAGGUACACAAAGCCUGGAGCGGAAAAGGCGAAGCCCAGUGCCGCGGGCGCCCAGCGCGAAGCUGAGGCCGGCGGCGGCGGCCCAGGCCAUGGAUCCGGUGGCGGCCGAGGUCCCGGGCGAGGCCUACCUGGCGAGGCGGCGGCCCGAGGGCGGCGGCGGGUCUGCGCGGCCGCGCUACAGCCUGUUGGCGGAGAUCGGGCGCGGCAGCUACGGCGUGGUUUACGAGGCAGUGGCCGGGCGCAGCGGGGCCCGGGUGGCGGUCAAGAAGAUCCGCUGCGAUGCCCCCGAGAACGUGGAGCUGGCGCUGGCCGAAUUCUGGGCCCUGACCAGCCUCAAGCGGCGCCACCAGAAUGUCGUGCAGUUUGAGGAGUGCGUCCUGCAGCGCAACGGGCUAGCCCAGCGCAUGAGUCACGGCAACAAGAGCUCGCAGCUCUACCUGCGCCUGGUGGAGACCUCGCUCAAAGGAGAGAGGAUCUUGGGCUGUGCCGAGGAGCCCUGCUAUCUCUGGUUUGUCAUGGAGUUCUGUGAAGGUGGAGACCUGAAUCAAUACGUUCUGUCUCGGAGGCCGGACCCAGCCACCAACAAAAGCUUCAUGCUACAGCUCACGAGCGCCAUUGCCUUCCUGCACAAAAACCACAUCGUGCACAGGGACCUAAAACCAGACAACAUCCUCAUCACAGAGCGCUCUGGCACCCCCAUCCUCAAGGUGGCGGACUUUGGACUGAGCAAGGUCUGUGCUGGGCUGGCACCUCGAGGCAAAGAGGGCAAUCAAGACAACAAAAAUGUGAAUGUGAAUAAAUACUGGCUGUCCUCAGCCUGUGGCUCAGACUUCUACAUGGCCCCUGAAGUCUGGGAGGGACACUACACGGCCAAGGCGGACAUCUUUGCCCUAGGCAUUAUCAUCUGGGCAAUGAUAGAAAGAAUCACUUUCAUUGACUCUGAGACCAAGAAGGAGCUCCUGGGGACCUACAUUAAACAGGGCACUGAGAUCGUCCCUGUCGGUGAGGCGCUGCUAGAAAACCCAAAGAUGGAGUUGCACAUCCCCCAGAAACGUAGGACUUCCAUGUCUGAGGGGAUCAAGCAGCUCUUGAAAGAUAUGUUAGCUGCUAACCCACAGGACCGGCCUGAUGCCUUUGAACUUGAAACCAGAAUGGACCAGGUCACAUGUGCUGCUUAAAAUUCAGGGCUGAACAUCUUGGGUGUUUUUAAACUAGGUCGAUCCUUUGGGACCCAUAGUCUCAUCGUGUCUCCGACAGGACGGCAGAGGGUACAGGUGAUGGCUUGGCUGGUUGGCGAUCUCCCUACAGCGACAGCUGGAUCUCCGGCAAUGUGAAGCUUUUGUUUGGGUUUCCCCCUCCUUUUAGUUUUUAUUUCCCCCCUCCCCCCUUUUUUAAUUUAAACCAUCAAGACUUUGGAAGAGCAGAGAGCUAUGCUGUGGACAGGCACUAUUUCUUUAAAGAAAUUCAGUGUGGACAAGGCAUAUGUAUAAAUUUCACUGUUCGUUUUUAUAAGGGUUUAGGGAACGAUUUUGGUUUUGUCCUUCAUUUUACCUCUGUCUCUCUCUUUUACACAUCUCCCAGUUCUGCUCAUACAGCAUCUCACUUCUUGGAGAAGACCCUUCUCCCCGGAGAGCAUUUUGGGUUUCUCCUGGAAUGGGACGUGAAGACUCAAGGAGGCCGUGGGCCACCUCCCUACCAGAUGCAGAAACUGCCGGAUUCCUUGGUGGGCUGGUCCUGGCCCUUGGCCCUCGAUGGGACAGAGGCGAAGAACCACCUGGAAAAGGGCAACUAGGGCGUGGCCAGGAGGACUCCAGAAAGGAGGCCUAAACUCUGGGUUUGGUUCUCUUUAAGCUCUUGGGAGCCCCAGGCCACACCAGGACUCUCAGUGCUGGAAAUCUGUUCCCUCUUGUGUCCUUUACAACUGGGAGUCCCCAGGGAGGAGGUAGCAUGUGACCAUCCCCAUUUGCUGCAGAUGACUGGCCACCCGACCCCAGCCCCACAAGCCCACCUCUCUGUUAGGAAACUGUUGUGCCAAACCUCUGCCCAGGACACACUGGGUCUUCCAUGGGCACCUGUCACUGCUGAGGUCACCCCUCCCUGCUGCCUCCUGAUCGUCGUCUUCCCAGGUGUGCUGCAAGUUUCUAGGCCAUCACAGAGACUGCCGGAGGCCACCAGCCAGUCGUGACCAUUGCCAUGAUAACAGGGCACCCUGAACUGGCCACCACCUUCGUGCGGUGAAGGGUAUGCCCUGUGUGCCGGGGUCCACGGUGUCACACCAGGACACAUGUCAAGAACCAUCUCCCUCUCCCCCAGGGACUUUGCUAGUGCCCGCCCUCAACACAAGUGCAUCCGAUGGGAAGAGAAUGGAGCUGCCCUGGGCAGGAAGGUGUCUGGCAGAACAGGGGAGAACCCGUGCCUGCCAGGUGCCGGUGUGGGGGCUUGUUACCCUAAAGCACCCCUGGCUGUGACCCCUCGACGCUGCCAUCACUGUCUGGGUGGCCCUCUGCUCCUGGCAGUGCUCUUGCAGCCUCCCUCUUGGGCUGCUUCUCCAACCUGGCCCUUCUCCCUGGGCGGCCCUCUGUCUGGCCCUCACAUCCAUAGCAGCCAGAUGGGAUUGGGCCUCUGGAAAGAGGAAGGAGUCAUUUGUCGGGUGUUUUGUUUUUGUACCUAAACCAGCAGAGGAGUGAUGGGGAGGCACCUGGAGGGCGUUGUAGUUGGUGUGAGACCAAGGGGGACUUCCCCCAAAGCAGCAGUCCUCUGGCCCUGGGGGUGUGGGAGACCAGCACAGCAUGGAGCCCCUCAGCACCAGAGUUCUUCCUCCCCUUGGCCGGUGGUUGGCUGCUGCCAGCAGGAUCCCACAGGCGCAGGGCCCAUGGUGGUCACCUGUCUCCUCUCCUGACUUCUCAGGCAGCCUCCUGGGCACACUCUGCACUGCAGCUGGAGGGUCAGGGCAUCAGGGUUCCUUAAUUGAGUGCAUGUCCCUUCUCUGCCCCCCCCAGCCAGUCUUCCCUGGGGGUCAGCUCUGCCUACAUGAGCAAAUGGGAAAAGCAAGUCUCCAACCCGGCACCCUGGCUGUGGUCAUUCUGAAACCCCCCACGCGGGCUUGAGCCUGGGAUGCCUACUUUUUGCCCGCCAUUCUCUCCUGCUUCUCCCAGUCUCAGCUCUGUGUUCUUAGGGCCAUAGCGCGUCCUCUUGGUGUCAUAGUCUUCCCCUGUAGGCCUCAGGGAGGCAGCUCGGCAGGGGGAUCUGCUUCCUCACCUUUCCUCCGGGACUCCCAGCCAGCGCCAGCUUGGUGGUAGGACCUCCCUCCUCAGCUCCAACUAGGGCCAGCUCUUUAUCCCCAAGUGCCUGUCCCUCCCGCCCCACCUCCCUUCCCCUACUGCUCCAUUUUGUCCACCACGGGUACACGGCCAGGUGGUGGGCAGCCUUGGGUCAGCCCCGGGGCCCAUGCAGUCUCUCAGGGCCACUCCCUGCCACCCCCUCAGGGAUUGGCCCCCUCUUCUAUCUCCCCUCUUCCUCCUCCUCCCCAGGCCUCUGUGGGGCCUCAUCUCAGCACCUCCAGGUUUUUUAGGCCUGUCCCAGUUCUAGGAGUUUCCACACCUAAGGCAGCACUCAGUCAUCCUCUUCUCCUUGGGUCUGUGGAAAGGGUGGCUUGUUGGAGACAUCUUGGCCCUGUCCCUCGUGGGUCUGAGCUCGGAUUUCCCUUAGUGUGAGGCAGCCAGGACAGAUCACAGUGCCUUAAUCUCUUGCCUCCCCCACCAGCCCAGUGAACGUAUGGCUUCCCUCCCCGUCUGUCCAUCUGUCACUUGCACUCACAUUCCCUCCUACCCACAGACAGCCCUGGGGGAAGGAGACCCUCUGCACUCCCACGCCCCCUUCCCAGGGCUGCAGCCAGGCACAGGUCUCCCCACCCACCUCCAGGCCACUCCCGAGCAGCUUUAGCCCAGGACUGAAAACUGCUGCAGACAGGUGCACCUUCAGCCUCCACCUCCCCAGCAGGCGUCCUGCCCCUUACCUCUAGCCAGGAGGACACGGCAGUCUGCUCUUCCAGGCUGAUUCCACCUGACCCCUUUCUGGACACCGGGACUAAGGUUGCCAGCCUUAGCCUCAUCUCAUCCCAGGGGCAUUGGGACAGGUAAUGGGAACUCCUUCCUCCCACCCUGAUGGGCUCUGCCCGCCUGGCUGCCUUUCCGAGGGAGUGUAUCAAAUGUUUACCUAAGAAAUACCCUGUUUACAGCUGGAGGAGAAAUGUGCCCACAGUGGGUGGAGAUUUAACUCUCUGGAAAAGGCCUGGCCUCCUUUGUGGCACUGCCAGUGGUGGCCCCAGAGCGGAUGCAAGCAGAGAUGCCUGGGUGGGGGGAAGGCCCCUCACUGCCCCUGCUCCCCACCUGUGGUGCUAAGACCACUCCCGCUCCCCCAUGGCCUCGCUCCAAACAUUCCCGCCUCCCUGCUCUUUCCUCCGAGAGCCUGGGCUCCUUACAUAUCACUUGUCUCCUACCCUAGAAAACCAGUGUUUGGAGCAAUAAGAUGAUUAUUUUUGCUUGAAUCUUUUUCUAAGAAAAGGAAAAGAGCUGGCAUUGUGGGAAUCUAGAUGCUGUUGGCUGUUUACCUCUUUAGAAGACAAAAGGACGGUGUCUGGACUUUAGCCUUGGGGUAUCUUUGGACGCUUGGAAGAGCAGGAGUCAGGCUGCCAUCCCCAAAGGAGGGGACCCUAACUCUGCCCUUGCCUUGCCAUAAGGCCCCUUCCAGCUCUGCCCACCAAGUGUGCCUCCCACCAUUCACCCUGCCCUUGUGCUCCCCCACCACCACCACCACACACAUCUGGAGGCACUGGCGGUUCUACUCUGGAUGGGUCUCCCUCCCCUUGAUUAGUUCUCCCUCAGGCCUGUCUGGCACACAAGAUAGCUGCUGGCAGGCAGCCUCAGAACAGCCAAGCUUCUUUAUCAGCUCUCCAGACCGACGGGGUUUGGAGGCCGAAGCCAGGGAUACUGCCUCUUCCUCCCUCCCACACUGAGCUGGAGCACAGUGUGGUCCUGCCCUGGCCCUGAGGGCAGGGGGCUCCUGUCCUAGACAUGCUCUUGAAGGGAGACCAGUCCCAGUGCACGGUAGUACUGGCCACUGUUAGCAUUCACCACCGUCACCAAGAGAAAUCCACUGCCAUUGGCUGCCCAGGGAACCCUAGGAUUGCAGAGGCUAUCAAAGGGAGCCCCCCACCCUAGACACUUUCUAGGAGAGACCAUGGGAGGAAGGGAGCUUAUUUGGGGAUGCUUUAAGUCGUCUUGUGCCCUAGCUUUAAAGAAGUCUUGUACCCCAGGGGCUUCUUCCCAUCAGCAGGGCAGGCAGGAUGUACAAUAAGUUUUUCAAAUUUGGGACAGUGUUGGGCGUGAGGGAGGUUUAAAGCCAGGCACAAAGUUAGUUUUAAAUACUAGUUAAUAAAUCUAUUUUUCUUUAUUUUCUUUUUUUGCACAGAAGCUGGUAAUCUAGGACCUACGUGUGAACAACUUUAUAUGAAUAUUUUUUGUACUUGGUUUACUUGGGUUGGUAUGAUACAUUAUAUUUAAGUUCCUUGAACACUGUGGAUCCCCCUAAUGUGUAUGAAUGACUGAGGCUUUGUAAAUUAAGGGACGUUUGUGUGAAUAAAGUUAUUUGAUGGGGUCAAAGAAGCCA